UCACUCGAUCUUUGUAAUGCAAAUCGUAAAAAUGAUAAAAUUGUGAAAAGCAAAUAUUUAUUUGCCAAAAAAGUGUAAGUAAUUUAUUAUAUUCAAUUAAGAAUCAGUGUUAUUUAAUCAUGAAUGCUCUAAGAGAAGAGAUUAAAAGAAAACGCAAGGAACUUGAAGAAAAGAAACUUCUGUCUGGUAAUAAGAAGUAUUUCAAGAGAGCAGAUUUGCUGUCCAACGAUGCCGAAAAAUCAAAUACGGAUGGUGCUAAUAGCGCUAAAGCUGAAGUCAAACCCGAAGAGCUAGAAAAAGCCGCAGUUGAAGAUGCAUCCGAGCACCUUACACUACCAAGAAAUGAGGUUAUACGUCGUCUUCGAGAACGUGGGGAACCGAUUUUCCUUUUUGCUGAAUCAGAAGUCGACGCUUUCAAGAGGCUAAGAAAGUGCGAAAUUCUCGAACCCGAAGUUAACAAAGGUUUCAGAAACGAUUUCCAAGAAGCUAUGGAACAAGUCGACCUGGCCUACGUUAACGAAAUUUUGGCACCUAUGAAGCCUCUCAGUAACGGUACCAAAGUAGAUGUAAAAGUUCCUGAGGAAGGUGUCACUUAUGAUGAUCUUCAACAAAAAUCCACUAAAUUAAACACCGGAGAUCGAGAAUAUGAUAUGAAUGUUAUUACACAGUUUCUUCAGUUUUUGGUCCAGAUGUGGGGUAAUCAACUGAACAACAGAAGUGCCUCUGAAAAAAUGGCAACGAGAGGGAAAAUGGCAAGUGCAACGUAUGCUCAGACAAGGGAGUACAUCAAACCACUUCUCCGAAAGCUGCAGAAUAAAUCCCUACCAGAGGACAUCACCGACAGUUUGACAGAAAUAGUCAAACAUCUUUUGGAGCGGAAUUAUAUUUUGGCAAGUGAUGCUUAUCUUCAGAUGGCGAUUGGAAAUUCACCUUGGCCAAUUGGUGUAACCAUGGUUGGUAUCCACGCUCGUACGGGAAGAGAAAAGAUUUUUUCAAAAAAUGUGGCGCAUGUUAUGAACGAUGAGACGCAAAGAAAAUAUAUCCAGGCGUUGAAAAGAUUAAUGACGAAAUGUCAGGAAUACUAUCCGACGGAUCCUUCACGUUGUGUGGAGUACUCAAAACCAUAGUAAGGGACUAUUAAAUAAACUAGCUGAUAUUUUUUUGUAUUUGAUUCUAAGCAAAAGAAAUCUGAGAAUUAAUUUCGUAUUAACUCUAUCUUUCACUAGGACUUAUAUUUAGAUGUAAAUAUAUAUUUGAUAAUCUAUUAAUGUUGCUUGACAGUAUCAGCAUUUUAUUGUAGAUAUAUAUAUAUACAAAUUAAAGUAUAAUUUUAUUUCAACUCUUUCUUUGAAGCUAAAUUCAAUUCAGGGAGGACUAAUGUGAUUUUGCAGUUUGUGUUUUCAAAAUAUUUAUGUGAUAAAAGCAUGUAAAUGAAUAGAAGAUUUCAUUUGUAAGAUAAUAUAAUGUAUUUGUACACAAAAAUAAAUUUUGAAUUAACUUACAAUUUA